UGGCAUGGCAGAAUGCUCGAGACCAAGUUCUCUUUGACCAUAGUCCGUGCAGUGCGCGCAGAGAUUACAGUUUCUCACCCUCUCUCUUCGGGGUGUGCGAAGAACACCGCGCGCCGAACACAGCACGUUCUCGCGUGCAUGACAUGCGAAUCCUCGAAAAUGAGAUUGCGCGCGUGGCUCGCGCAAUAAACGCCUCGUAAUAAGCUGUGCGCUUCUAGUAGCGAUGAAUCGCGCCACUUUGAGUUAAUUAAUUAAUUACGUCGCGGGCGAGUUAUUAAAUAACGUCGCGUCGAGCGAGCGAAAUCAGGGAGUAUCUCGUUUCUAUUCGAUCGACACGAGUCUGCGAUCCGUAUAGCGCGACAUGCCGUUGUGACAUCAGUCAUCCGUGAUAAAUCGACAAAUUAAGCGGUUGAAUCACCGGGUGGACCAUGAACCAUGGAUACGCGGCUCGAGAACGACGCGACUUCAGAAGAGAAACGUAAGGAAGGAUGCGAGCAACAGCAGGGUUGCAACGUCGUCGACGGAUGCGGCGAUUCUGCGCCAAGUUGUCGCACCCUAGAGGCUACGGGAAGUGUUGGCAGCGGUGGCGAUAGCGGGACCGGCAGUGUGCAACCGACAGGCCAAACUCAAUCAUCAACUCAUGUGACCUCUGCUCCGAUAAUUCAGCAACCACAACAACCGAGCUCGAUUUCGGCCUGCGUCGCCUCCUGUUGCGCGGAAAGCGCGAAGAAGAUCUAUUUCGGGGUGUGCGUGACGAUAUGUGUAACCGCGAGUUGGGUCGGCGCGACUCAUUGCAUUAAGUAUUUAUACUUUCAUAAAUCAGAUAAGAUCUCGGAGACGUCCGAAUCCGCAAAUUCCUCUGUGAGCGGACUUCAUCAUCAACAUAUCAUUCUUCCGUACGAUGCGCCCUUCUUUACGACGUGGUUUUGUACCAAUUGGGAAAUCUUAUAUUUUCCGGUGUACUUCAUUUGUUGGGCUGCGAGAACCAAGUGCGCCACCCCUUCGGAGAUAAUAGCUGAGAGUCUUCGCGGUUUCCGUGAUAAGGGUUUCACUGGCGGCCGCUUCUUAAUUAGAUGCAGUCUUUUCUGCAGCUUAUGGGUCAUCACAAAUUAUUUGUAUAUACUCUCGCUAAGAAUACUGCUAGCCACGGACGUGAUGGCAUUAUUUGCAACCAAUGUGUCAUGCGUCUACCUACUUUCGUGGGUCAUUCUUCAUGAACAAUUCGUAGGUGUGAGGAUAGUCGCGGUGAUCCUCUGUAACACUGGCAUUGCGCUUUUAGCUUACAUGGACGGAAUAACUGGAAGUCCAACGCUAGGAGGUGUCGUUUUAGCUACAGCAGCGGCAGCUGGCUCUGCUGUUUAUAAAGUCCUCUUUAAGAAAGUAAUAGGAGACACUACGUUCGGCCAAAUGUCUUUAUUUUUUUCUCUUAUCGGUUUAUGUAACGCCACCUUAUUAUGGCCAAUUUGCCUGACUCUGUAUUUUUCUGGAGUGGAAACCAUACACUGGGCAAGAUUACCUUGGGCAGCUUUACUCUCUGCCAGCAUCCUCCAUUUAGUUGCGAAUAUGCUCGGCAAUUUCAGCAUCGCACUCACCUACGAUUUAUUCAUUACUCUUGGAUUAAUAACAGCUGUACCUGUAUCUGCUGCAUUGGACGUUAUUUUUUAUGGAGCGUACUUCAUGGGCAUGAAAUUAGCAGGCAUGAUCUUCAUAGCGGUGGGUUUCUUCCUCGUAAUGUUCCCGGAUAAUUGGCCAGAUUACAUAACAAGACUUCUUCGAAACGUAGUCCUCAUGAGUCACAGUACAAGGUGGAGCAGGAGACACAGGCACGGCAUGUCAGAUGGAUCGUCGCGUGACGUGAUCGAUUAUCGAACCGGUUACAUAAAAUCGCACCUACGCUCACCCUCGGGCAGAGUUCGGUGACUAAACACAUGGAAAAUUAAAGCAAUAAUUAAGAUAUUAUGGCAGAGCUACAUAAGCCUCUUUGGCAGUGGCUCGAUGGCCAAAGUUAUCAUUGAGGUAUAAACACGAAUUCAGUCAGGAAAUAGAUUCUAUCAGUAUACUUUUAAAUAUUCCUUAAGGCUACCUUGAAGUAUUGUGUACCGUUGCCGUACAUCAACUAUAUUAGCCAUUUUCUAUUCAUUCCAACUUGUUUCUAAUAUCAACUCUGGAAACAAACAGAGUUUAUAUUACGAUUAACAAAUACAGGUAAAAAAAUCUGUCCAUAAAUUGAAUAUUUUUUAA